UUUAUAAUAUUUUAACACCUUUCUUAAACGCCUCUUAAAUUAUUAGAGCAUUUUCUAUACCUUCAUUUACAAGUGACCCCCCAUUUCCAUUUUCCAGUAACACUACUCUCUCAACUAAUUCUUCUCUACUCAAAAUUUUAUCAAAAAUGGGAGUGAUGUUAGCUUUUUCGAUCCUCAUAAUCACGAUGAUGAUAACGGGUAUACAAAAUGAGGCUAAUUUGGUAAAUGCCAAUGAAACGACUUGGGCAGGUUCAAAGUAUCAGAUUGAAUGUACAAUGUGUGCCGCAUGUGACAACCCUUGCGCCACCCCAUCUCCACCGCCACCUCAGCCGCCGUCGCCUCCUCCACCGCCUUCUACCUCUUAUAAUUGUCCUCCCCCACCCUCGCCCCCUAGUUCAGGGGGAAAUUACUACUACUCUCCACCGCCACCACCGCCUUCCUCCUCUGGCGGCGGCGGCGGCGGUAAUUACUACUAUUCACCACCUCCACCUUACCAAAAUUACCCUUCUGGACCUACUCCUCCACCUCCGAAUCCAAUUGUUCCCUAUUUUCCAUUCUACUUUUACAAUCCUCCACCGCCUUCACAGUCUGCUGCUAUUAAGCUCACUGAUUUUUCACCCAAAUCUUCUAUUUUCUUUACGGUGUUCAUUGCCUUGUUGAUUUUCCAUUGAAAUUAAUGUGGGGAAGUUAAAUAAAGUGUCUGGAAUCACACAGAUCUACAAAUGAGAGCAAAGAUAUUGAAGAAAAAUUGGAAAGCUGUCUUGUUUCUCUCAUCUUCUGUAAAAUUCUUGACCAUUCUUCUUAUUAUAUUCUCCUGUAAUUUUAGUUUAACUUAAAUUCAUAUUCGUAUAGAAUGUAACAAAACUUUAGUCAUUUUUGUAACAAUUAUAAACUCAACUUCUCAUUCAUAUUCUA